AUGGAUUCUUCUAAUGCAUCCAAUUCUAACAAAUCAAACACUACAUGUGGGUCAAUACUCCCUCAAUCUUCUAGUCUGACUCAAACAAGAGAUCUAGCAUGGAAAUGGGCUACAUGCAAAGAUCCUGCAUUUCCGAAGAAACUAAGUUGUACGCUUUGUAACAAAGAAAUGCGUGGUGGUGGAAUUACUAGGCUUAAGCAGCAUAUCACACAAGUCAAAGGGAAUGUUUCAUCAUGUAUGAAAGCAACAGUUGAAACUAUAAAUGAAAUUAGACAAAAUGACAGUAUAAAGAAGUUAAAGAAAGCUCACAGGGAUAACGUUGAUGCUAUGUAUCGUCGCACACAAUCUGAUGAGAAGUCUGAUGCUGAUACUGAUGAUGAGGACCAUGAGGUACAAGAAGUUGAAAAAGAUUUUAAUGUGGGCAGUAGUAGUCAAGUAGUUGUUCACAGUCAAAGUAAAAGAAAAUUCAAGAGCCAAAGUAGUUCUAGGGGUCCAAUGGAUUUACUCAUGCAGACAGACCACCAGAAAACUCAGCAAGCCACUCUUGACAGAAACAGUUCAGCGAAAGAGAAGUUAAAGAAAGAUGCAUGGAAAAGCAUUUCAGCUUGGAUGACUGAGAACUCUAUAUCUUUUAAUACUGUUCGAUGUCCAAGUUUCCAACAAAUGAUCUAUGCAAUUGGUGAAUAUGGUAAAGCUAUGCCGCGCCAUCUUACCAUCAGAUUCGCACAAAUCUUUUCAAGGACCAAUGGGAAAAAGCGACAUCUUAUUAACUUUUUGGUGAAUUGUCCGAAAGGGUCAGUUUUCUUGAAGUCUGUAGAUGCGUCAAACAGAACCAAUGAUGCUGAUUUCAUACGUGAGCUUGUAAAGGAGGUAAUUGAAGAUGUCGGGAAAGAAAAUGUGGUUCAAUUCAUUACUGACAAUGGUUCAAAUUUUAAAAAGGCUGGGAAAGAUUUAAUGCUUGAAUACCCGAAUCUAUUUUGGACUCCUUGUGGUGCUCAUUGUGUCCAGUUGAUGCUAGAAGAACUUGGUGACAAGCUUAUGCGAAUCAAGACAGCCGUCAUUCUAGGUAAAAGACUUGUUACUUACAUUUAUGCUCAUUUUCAAGUAUUGUGCUUGAUGAGGGAGUUGACACGUGCAGACUUACAUAGGUCUACAAAGACUAGAUUUGCAACUCAGUAUUACACACUAAAAAGUCUUCAAAAGUAUAAAACUCCUUUACAAAUGGUGUUUGUGAAUGAUAGGUGGGCAAAAACUAGAUUUUCAAAAGAAACUCUUGGAAUUAAUGCACUUAAAAUUGUUACAAGUAGCACAUUUUGGGAAGAUGUUGAUUAUGCUUGUAGUGUGCUGAAGCCUUUAGUUAAGGUUGUAAGGUUGGUGGACAUCGAGCGCAAACCUACAAUGCCUUCUUUUUAUGAUGCAAUGAGGAUAGCAAGGAAUCAACUAGAGGAGAAAUUCAGUGAAGAUGAUGAUACGUGGGGUGUAAUUAAGGCUUGCUUUGAGAAAAGAUGGAAGAAUAACUUUAAUCAUGCUCUACAUUGUGCGGCAUACUAUUUGAAUCCUUCCAUAUUCUACACUAUUGAAGCUUAUGAAAUGGAUAGUGAUCCAAAGUACAUAGAAAUCAAAAGAGGACUUCAUACAGCAAUGCAAAGGCUUAUACCCAAUGAAGAUGAACUUGAUGCUGCUACGGGUGAAUUGAGAAAGUAUGCUGAUGCUGUUGGGAUCUUGGGAACUCCGCCUUGCAAAAGAAGAAGAAAUAAGGAUCAACCUCAUGAAUGGUGGAUUACAUUUGGAGGAAUCGAUGCGCCAAACCUACAAAAAUUUGCAAUCAGAGUAUUGAGUCUUACUUGUUCUGCUUCCCCAUGUGAGCGAAACUGGAGCACAUUUCAAAAUUUGCACUCGAAAAAACGAAAUCGCAUAACGCAACAGAAAUUGAAUGAUAGUGUUUUUAUCCAGUAUAAUAAGAAAUUGCAGCGUCGUUACCUAGAUAUCCAACAAUAUAACGAUAAUGAUAAAGCUAAUGAUCCUAUUUUUCUGGAGGAGCGUGAUGAAAAUGAUGAAUGGUUGGAGUUACGAAAUUUGAAUGACUUGGAGGUUCAUGGUGAUUAUGUAACUUUUGAUGAUUUGCAAGAGAAAGUUAGUGAAGAACGUGGGACUGUUGGUAGUAAAAGUGUCAGUAGUUCUCGAAGUAAGUCUACGUAUCCAACUAACUCGGAGUAUGAUGGAUAUGAUACUGAUGACUUGAUGUUGGACACUCAAAAUGGGCUACUCGAUGGUGUCGGGAAUGAUGGAGUUACUUUAGAUGAUGAUAUCUAUGAUGAAUCAAAUUAUAUUGAUUAUAAUUGUAAUAUCCUUGUUGUUCCUUUACUUUGUACACAUUUUGUAACGUUUACUUAG